UUUAAUCGAUGUAAAUAAUUAAAGAUAAUAUGCAUGUGAAAGAGACAGUUUCCGGGUCUGAAAUUGAAAAAUAGUCUUAAUCAACAUAUCCAUAAGGAUCCAUUUCAUUUCCAUCUACGUUUAAUCAUUUAUUUUCUCAUCAUUCAUCGACAAAAUAUUCAACUGGACGCUGAUUUAUUCAUCAUUUUAAAGUUGUUUGAUCGUGAUUUUCGUUUUUAAUAUGAUUUUGUCGAUCAAAAAAUCAGUUUUACUGUUUCCGUUCGUUUGUUUGAUUUUUAUUCAACAUCGAUCAAUUGCUGCUCCUGGAACGCUAUCUAAACAAAACGAUGGGCCUCAUUGGAAUGAUUGGAAUGCAAAUGCAGAAUUUCACACUGUAAGAUAUAAUUUGAGCAUUGAUCGUAUUCUUCUUAAAAGAUAUUUUUGGCAUGUCAUACCUACGAACAUGACUCCUACUACCGAAAAUGAAACAUGCUAUUGGACAGUUGACUUUUUUUGGGAUGAGAACAAGCGUUAUUCUGACAGCCAAACUUCAUUAGAUUUUCAAUUGGUUGAUGGCGGUAAAGCUGGAAGAGCAUUCGCGAAACUCAAAGCUGCACUUCUUGAUGACUUUGGAAGAGAGGUACAUUCGAAGGAAGAUUUUCUAGUACUUGAUGCCGGGGGAGAGAAAAUUCGAUGGGGCCAUUUCAUCGAUUUUGACGACAUGAACAGAAAUCCGUCCAUAAAGAAAAACCCAUUCAUUAUUUCCGUAGAGAUAUCCUACUAUUAUUCUCCACGCAGAAAUUUGACAGAUCAACAAAACAUGAUCUCACCAGAACCUAACUACACAAAAUGUCUUCUAUCCGAUAACAUUGGCUCGUCACUCGGAAAUCCAGAUUUUGCAGACGUCAUGCUCCUAGUGAAUGGCAAAAAUUAUUGGGCUCAUAGAGUCAUUUUAGCUGCACGUAGCGAAGUUUUCGCAACCAUGUUUAAAAACACUGAACACGGUGAUAAAAAACAUAAAAAAAUUCGAAUCGAUAUUACCGACAUAGAUGCAGAUGUUAUGGAUGAAGUGUUGCGAUAUAUUUACACUGGAAAAUGCCAAAUUUCAGAUGAACUAGCCGAUCGACUUUAUGCAGCAGCAGAUGCAUAUAAGCUAAAUGGGUUGAAAACAAUUAUUUUGCAAUCAAUGGUUGACACAUUAUCUAUUGAAAGCGCAGCUCAUGUGCUGAUAUUAGCGGAUAAGCAUCAUGAGAAGGAUUUGAAAUCAAAAGUGAUUGACUUUAUCGUUGAAAACUCUAUCCAGGUGUUGAAUACCACCGAAUGGAAGAGUAUGGCAGUACCUAAUAAUGUUCAGUUAGUUGACGAAAUGUGUAAAAUUUUUUCGCAACGAUUGAGUAAAUCCCUACCCUGUGUAUCAUUUUGUAAGCUUGCUUUAGCAAACAAAUUAAAGUAGAAAGAUACCUAUUUCGUUAAUUGGUGUAUAUACUUACUUACCUACUUACUCGUUCAGAACUGAAAAAUUGAGAAUUGAUGAAUUUAUAAAAUUUGUUACGACUUUCCUUAUAUGUAGAUAGGUAUCGCAUUAAUAAUUAUGUACUAAUAUAAUCUUUAUGAAAUAAACUCUGUAAAAAUAGAAUUAAAAUUAUUGA